AUUUUGUGUUCUAUACUCGUCGUUUCCAUGCUCUCUUCAGGAUGUGUCCAACGCUCGGGUGUCCAGCUGCACGUCAAGGACAUCCCUGGCUCCCAGGGGCAGGUCCCAGGCCGCAGGCCGACCUCCUGGCCUGGACCCCAGCCUGGCAGGCGUGGCUCCUGUCAGCGUGGAGCAGCCAUCUCACGUCAGCAUUGUCUCACCGCAGCCAGGAGACCUCUGGCGGUGCUGACAUCAGGGGCACCUCGAGACCCUUGUGAUGCCACCACACAGUCACUGUCGCCCUACGGCCUCACAAAAGGUGGCUGGCUAUAAGAGCCCUGAGCGGCGCGCCUGCGGCCAGUCCGGCUGGUGGUACUCGAGAGCUCGACGUGCCAUUGCUGGAAGGAGCGAGGCGGAGGUGUUGCACGAGGCACACGCAAAGCCAUUCUUUUUGCACACUAGCCAUCGAGGUUCUUCGUCCUGCUGGUGGCACGCGAGGCGUCGAGGUGAAGCCAGCGAGACACGAAGCGUCGAGGUCCUGCCGGCGACCCGCAGCGGAGGUGCUGAGGACCAGAGGCUGCUGAUAACCACCUGGCCCCGGGGCAGCCUACCACAGGGGACAACCAACUCCACACCGCGGCAGCUGCAGGCACCAUGAACCAUCAGGAGCAGCCAGAGGAGGAGGCCCCUGGGGACGAGACGUGCCCCAUCUGCCUGGGCCGGCUGUCCAGCACGGCUCGUGUGGACCCCUGCAGGCACUCCUUCUGCCUGGGGUGCAUCCUGCCCUGGGCCACUCGAAGAGCCACCUGCCCACUGUGCCGCGGGCGUAUUGGGACCAUCGCACUCGUGGUGCCGCCCGCCCAGCACGACGCCUCGCCCCGCCGGGGAUUGCAGCGCAACGCGGGGCUGGAGCGGCAGCAGCAGCAGCAGCAGCGGCAGAGGAGCCCCUCCAGCUACCGCUCCCGCAGCGUCUCACCACGGCGCAGGGAGCGCAGCCCCGCCGAAGCACGACGGCUCGUCCGCAGCCGCUCCUGGCACUCGGAGCAGGACGGGCACAGGCUGCCACGGUCCCUGCAGUACCCCGAUGCCGAGGACAUAGCCGAGUACAUCGCCUGGCUACGUCGGGUCCAACUGGAGGAGCCGGGGUCUGGCGACCACGCGGGCCGCCACGCCAGGCCCCGCAACUGAGCAGCGACCGGGCCUCACCUGGGGACGGGCUGGGGGUGGCAGCCACAAUUACCCCAGGAAUAAAUUAUGACUUUUCCACCCUGCAAAGCCUCUGCCUCCACUUCUUCCUGCAUAGGUCAGCGGGGGGGCUGAACGCAGCCCUCUCCCGCUGUCCGCACCGCCAAGUGGGUUGGGGACGACUGCUGUUGAUGGGGAAUGGCUGCGGGUGGCGGGUCCCCAAGUGAGCCUGGGGGAUGAGAAGUCAUUUGGGAGCCACAAAGGUGACCUGGCCCAACUGGGAAAAAGGCAAAAAGCAAAAAAGGAGCAAAAGGCUCCUAAAACCUGGCAGCAGAGAAUGCCUGCCAGCCGGGGAACCGGGCCUGGGAACCUGCAGCGGCCUUGGAAGGCGCUGCUGGCCUCCUACAAGUGCAGCCUAAGGGUACCUAAGAACCAGAGACUUCCUCAA